AUGGAAUCAACGAGUGGCGCUAUCACUGUGUCAUCAAGAACUUCAACAUCUUCAUCUUCUUCAUCAGGAUCCAGGUCAUCCAGGUCAUCAAGGUCUUCACGCUCUUCACGUUCUUCCAAGUCAUCAAAAGCUUCAAUACCCAAACAAAGACCUCCAAAAUUACCAGAACCAAAACAUAAAAGAUCCAAGAAUGGUUGUCUAAGUUGUAAAAAAUUAAAAAUUAAAUGUAAUGAAGGUAAACCAACUUGUGAAUAUUGCAGACAUACAAAUAAACAAUGUGUUUAUCCUAUUCAAGCUCCCUUAAAAGUUGUUAAAAGGAAAUCAGUUCCAAAGGAACCUGAAAUUAAAGAUAAAGAUAUUCAAGAUGAUCUAAUACAAGAUAUUGGAAUUAAUAAUAAACCUUUACAAAAAUUAAAUUCAAUGACUAUACAAUUAGAUGUUACAAAAUUUGAAUUAAAAUUACUUAAAUUCUACUUGGAUUUUGGUACAGAAUUUUUCACAUUUAAUGUUAAUCAAAAUGCAAUGAAUUUUUGGGGUAAUGAAGUACCACAAUUAUGGUGUUGUUCAGAUCUUAUCAAGAAUUCUAUAUAUGCAGUUACUUCAGCAAGAUUAUUAGCAAAUUAUAAAUAUGAUGAUUUACAAAAUAUUUAUAUUGAAUUUGAAGAUGAAACUCAACCUAGAAAAAAUUUAAAAUUAAAUUUAUCACAAGAAGUUUCCAGGUAUAUUAAUCAAGUUGAAGAAUUAAUGAAUUUAUAUACCAUGACUUUAAAUCCUGAUUCUUUUGAUAUUAUUGAUAUAGUGGGACAGUUAUAUAUUGCUAAAAAGGCAUUAUCAGGUGCAAAAUUAAUAGUACCCAAACCUAUAAUUUAUGAUGAUUUUGGUUUACCCCAAGUUGAAAAUUUACAAAUUAUUCAAUUAAUGAUUGAUACAAAUAAAUUUUUUAAAUUUAUUCAUCCAUUAGAAUUUAAACUAACAAAUACCAAGUAUGAUCAUGUUAGAGAUAUUGAAAUUGAAAUUAAUAAUGAUGAAUUAAUUUUAUCAAAUGGGACAUUUUUAUUUAUACAACAUCUUCGAGAUUAUGUUUCUAGACAUAUUGACCCCUUGGAUGUUUCAUAUAUUGUUUAUCUUGAUGCUAUAUCCAAAAUUGAAAUUGGAGUUCUUAGAACUUUAAAUUUUAAAUUCCCAGUUGCGUUAUUUAAAAUUAUAAUUGAAUUAUGUAUUGAUUAUGAUUUUUUACAAUUAUUAUUGAAAAAAGAUCAAUUAUCAUUAAAAAUUUUAAAUUAUGUUUGUAUCUUAAAUUUUAUUUAUCAUUAUAAAAUUUUUCAAAAAAAUUUAAUGCAUGAUGAAUUUAUAAAAUUUUAUGAACAAAUUUCAAUACAGAAAUUUCAAGGAGGAUGGGAAGAUGAAAUUGAUAAAAAUUUCCAUGAUAUGACAAAAGCUAAAAUUAAGGGGUUAUUACCUUAUGAUUUUAAUUUAAUUUAUUAUUUAGGUAAACCAAUUAAUGAAUUUUUAAAUGGUGAUAUGGGAUUUAUUUCUGAAAUUAAAAGUAAUUCAGAUGUUUUUUUUUAA